GAACUAGGCUUAGGUCAUAUAUCUUCUGUUUCCAAGUCUGGUUCACUGCAUACUGCACAAGGCGUCUAUAAAAGUACCAUCACAGAGAUCCAUUCUGGUCAAAAUUCACACUGCUUUUUCUGUAAAAAUACUCAGAGCUUCUGUUAUAUAUAUAUAUAUAUAUAUAUAUAUAUAUAUAUAUAUACACACAUCAUAUGCUGUUAUAUACUCUGCUCUCAAUCGCUCUGUUCUUCUGUUAAGGCCUUCAGGAUGGGAGCUCUGUUUCCUGAUGAAAAACCUGAGAACCCAAAUGGUGUUCAUCAAUUUCAGCAGCAACAUGAUGUUGAUGCAGGAGCUCUUUUUGUCCUCAAAUCCAAAGGUUCUUGGUUGCAUUGUGGAUACCAUUUAACCACAUCGAUAGUGGCACCAACUCUUCUAAGUCUUCCUUAUGCUUUUACCUUCCUUGGAUGGACGGCUGGGAUCUCAUGCCUGUUGAUCGGAGCAUUGGUGACUUUUUAUUCAUAUAAUUUAAUAUCUAGGGUUCUUGAACACCACGCCGACAAUGGUAAACGUCAACUACGUUUUAGAGACAUGGCACGUGAUAUUUUAGGUCCAAGAUGGGGUCGUUAUUUUGUUGGCCCAAUUCAGUUUGCAGUUUGUUUUGGUUGUGUAGUUGCUUGCAUUCUAUUAGGAGGCCAAUGCAUGAAGGCAAUUUACUUGCUGUCAAAUCCAAACGGGACCAUUAAGCUUUACGAGUUUGUAAUCGUAUUUGGAUGCUUCAUGCUGAUUUUGGCUCAAAUUCCAUCUUUCCACUCACUCAGACACAUUAAUCUGCUGUCACUCGUUCUCUGCUUGGCCUAUAGUGCUGCUGCUACGGCUGCUUCCAUUUAUAUUGGAGAGUCAUCCAAAGGACCAGAAAAGGACUACUCUAUAAAAGGUGACACUGAAAAUCGCUUAUUUGGAUUCUUCAAUGCAAUUUCCAUCAUUGCCACAACCUAUGGAAAUGGAAUCAUUCCAGAAAUUCAG